UUGACGAGAGGUGAGACGGAACUUGUUGCAGGCUAUUGGCCGCUAGGAGUGGAGUGGUGCAACGUGUACGUAACCAGCGACGUGCUCGCCUGCAGCGCAAGCAUCAUGCACAUGUGUGGGAUCAGCAUGGGAAGGUACUUCGGCAUCAGGAACCCGCUCAAGACGAGGCAGUCCUCCAAGAGGAUGGUCGGCUUCAAGAUCGCCCUCGUCUGGCUGGUGUCCAUCCUAGUUUCUAGCUCCAUCACAUUACUGGGAAUACACGAGUCUUCCAACAUCAUGCCUGUGCCGAGGGUCUGCGUCAUAAAUAACCGUGCGUUCUGGAUCUUCGGCUCGCUGGUGGCCUUCUACAUCCCGAUGCUCAUCAUGGGGGUGACCUAUGGGCUGACGGUCCAUCUCCUGAGGAGGAAGGCCCAGUUCGUGGCGGCCGUCGGCGAAGAGGAGCAGAGCCACCUGCGGAGGCUGGGCGGCAGGUACCGGAGAGCGGACAGCACCAGGCAGCCCCACAGGGUCUCGGCUAGGGCCAGUGACAGGUACCGUAUGCCGGCUUUAGCAGAACGAAUUCCGGAAGUUUCCGACACAUGGCUGUCUCCCCUCCCCCUCCACAGCCCUCCCUUCUCCCUCACUCCUCCUCCCCCUCCCCCCCCCGCUCACCCGAACAAACACUGGUCGUUCGAUCUCAUUAAGGUUCAGGAGGGGUCGUAUUGUUUGACAAGGUCUCAGCUCAUUGUGCCUGGAAUGGCUAAAUCAAGCAAUGAACCUUGUAUUAAGUACCCCACAGCCCAAGAUGACCGAGGACGAUGUCUUGUGGUGUCCGGCCAAUUUUCAGUCAAUCAGCCACCACCUUAUCGGCAGCCGAACAAGAUUUGUCUUGACGGAUUGAAGGAUUUUAGAUCAGUACUUCCCAGAAUUUACGGCUUCCUUGGGAACAGGAAAGGCUUGUUCCAGGUUCCCACUGCUCCUCAGGACUGGACAGAAUACGAAAUCGAGAUACUGGUAAUAGAUCUGACGAGUAUUUCUGAGCAAAGCCUGUGCAGCUGUGCAGCAAGAACUGAAGGAGAUGCGUCUGCUCAAGCUGAAGAAGACGCCAAAAACAACAGAAGAAAAACAUUGAGGUUGCAGCUCAAUGCGACCACAACACCCCUAAAUCUCAGAUUAGAUUAUUUUGACGAUCUGGUGAACUGCAGGUUCCUGGCCAACCGGAGGCAGCGGCAGGCGAUGACCGCCAACGUGGUGGCCACCGAGCAGAAGGCCUCCAAGGUCCUCGGCCUAGUCUUCCUCACCUUCGUCCUCUGCUGGGCCCCCUUCUUCAUCCUCAACAUCAUCUUCGCCGCCUGCCCCGCCUGCUUCAUCCCCCCUCACGUCGUGGAUAUCUGCCUGUGGGCGGGCUACCUCUCCUCCAACAUCAACCCCAUCAUCUACACCAUAUUCAACAGGACCUUCAGGGAGGCUUUCAUAAGGCUGCUGAAGUGCCAGUGCGACGAUGACUACCAUCGCCCGCUGCGAUACCGCUCGGUGACCGAGGGGGGCCAGAGGACCCUGCCGUCCACGCUGUCACCCCAGGGGUCCCUGACCCCAGCAUCGGCCAGCUCUUACCUUAGGACCCCAUCGGCCUUCCCCGACACCUUCUGCAUAGCAGCCAGCCAGUGAACUCGUACUCAGGUUGCUAAGGACUUCCCACCAAUGGCGAUUCGAAUUUUCUUCAGACAUUAGAGAGUUCGGUCAGCCUGCGAGGCGUUUCCAUCACCUUAUAGUUCAACCUUCGAUGUGAACAAGUGGACGAGAGUUUAUCCUAUUCACUAACUUAUAUUUUGAAUAGAAUAUUCAGUUUCAGCAAUGAAGCAUAAACAUGGUUUCAAUGAUAAGCAUCAUAUGAUCAAAAAUUCGUUAACUACAGACCAAGUGUAAAUAAUAAAGUAAGCAAGAAAGAAUAUGUAAAUAAAUGUGUUGAUACAAAAACAGUUUUAAAAUAUGAGCUUAGUCGAUCAAUUUGGAUGGGCAAUAGAACUGUGUAACAAUCGAUGUUCACAUUACAAUAGUCUUCAUAUUCAAUGUAAAUAAUUGAUGUCGUGUCAUGCAUAUAAGUGUAAAUUAACAUUGCAUGAAUGUCAUUGUAAUAUAAUAACAAUAUAAUUGACAUUUGUAAUUACAACGAAAUAUGUACUUAAAUUAAAGAGGUUACUUAGCGAGUUAAAUUUUAUAUGGUAAUUUAAUUUAAAUUUUAUAAACCUGUGAUACUGAAAAUUGUUAUACGUGUACCAGUAGUUAACUAUCCUUAGAUAGCGUUGUGGAAUGCUUAGAAAAUUAGUGUAUUGUGACAAUUGUAGCAUUGUAAUUUUUAAAAAAUAUGUGCUAUAGACAUUGAGUAGACAAAUCCAACAAAUUUAGACAUUGGAAUAAGUAAAAAAUUAUAUUCCUAAAAAAAAUAGAAUUUAUGCCUAAACGAAACAGGUCAGUUUCCAAAAGACCACGAUAGGGGAAAAGCCACGCUAUACACUCCAAAUUUAUUUAUAUUGAUUAAAUUACGAUCAAUAUGUCAAAAAUAAAUUUGGGUAUAUAUUUAGUAACAUUAAGUCCUAAAUAUUCACUUAAACUAUGUAGGUGUCAAAUUUUAUUGGUCAUUAAAAAUUAUUAUAUAACAAAAAGGAAAAAGAGAACAGGUUAAUAAUUUGCACAAUACUGUUAAAAUUAUAAUAAAUAAAUAAAAGAGAUUUUUUGAGCAUACUGUGAAAAUCUAUAGUAACAAAUUAAAAAUAAAAAAAAAAGCUAAAUCUGAACCAUUUAUUUUAUAUUAUAUUAAGGUUAAACUAAACAAAAAAAAAAAACUAUUUAUAUUAAUAUCAUAGAUAAUAAACAUAUUCAUUGAGGUACUUAAUAAAUGCGAAACACGAAUGUGUUCAAAUUUAUUUGAAAAUUCCAAGUAAAAUAAGAAAAAUUAAGUCACCUAUUAGAAAAACAUAGUUCGCAUACAAUAUUUCUUUAUUGAAAAUUCAAUGAAUAAUAAAAACCUACAUUUAUCUCGAAAAAUUGUUUGAUACUUUGUAAUGUUAACGAUUGCAUCUGUAAACAUACACUGAAAGAGGUACUACAUGAAAUAUGUAAUAAAAAAUUAUAUCGAAAUCUCAAAAGUACUAUAAAGUUUAUUGUUCACCACAAAUCUAAUAAACAAAAGAAGCAUAAGUUGGAUAGAAUAAUCAAAUUUGUUUUUAAUGUAUAUCAGUAACAAACUAUUUUAUUACAAGAUGCAAUAUAAAUUAAAAAAGGUAUAGUCCUUUUUUAAAUACAUAUUACAUUGUAUUACAUUGGAUAGAUAUAACUUUAGUUAAACAUCGGAAGGAACUAUUACAAAAAAUAAUUGAAAAAAAUUAUAUGAUACUAACAAACGAAUAGUAUUAUAAAUAUAAUACUAUAAACUUAACAUUAUACUAAAAACAGUAAGUAAGCGAUAUAAUAAAAAAUUUAUGGUCAAUAAUACAACAUCUAACCUUCGGAGACCUAGAAACGCCUCAGUCAUUCCUUCAGUCAAAACUUGUAACUAGUUUGUAGAGCAUGUGUAACUUUGUACUUAAUACCUAUAUGUAACAUUAUGUUAUAAGUUUAUGUAAUGUUUAUAAUAAAAUAAUAAAUAUUUUAUAGUCUUCCUUCAUCUUAUAAAAAUGUAAAAAAAAAGAGAAAAAAAGAAAUUGGUAUUGUACAUUAAUUAUAGCAAUGAUAAACUCUU